CACAAUUAAGUAGUGAAAAUAUUAAGAGAGAUGGCGGUGGCGUGCCUGAGGAGAGGGGACGCCGGCCUGGUCAGGCCUCGGUGCGGCCUACACACUUCACUCGCUCGCUCCCGCCUCCCGCCCCGCGCCCAGCCAUGGCGGAGCCCUCGUGCGCCCGACGCCCGGUGCCUCUCAUCGAGUCGGAGCUAUACUGCCUUAUCGCCCGGUACCUAUCCGCGGGCCCGUGUCGGACAGCGGCCCAGGUGCUGGUGCAGGAGCUGGAGCAGUACCAAUUGUUGCCAAAGAGGUCGGACUGGGAGGGCAAUGAGCACAACAGGAGCUACGAGGAAUUGGUCUUGUCCAAUAAGCAUGUGGCUCCUGAUCAUCUGUUGCAAAUCUGCCAACGCAUGGGUCCUAUGUUGGUUAAAGAAAUUCCACCCAGUAUUUCAAGAGUCACUUCUUUACUUGGUGCAGGAAGGCAAUCUUUGCUACAUACAGCAAAAGAUACCUUCAUUUGAAGAAGUGUUCUGCUGUGUAUUAAUAGCCUAAUAAUUAUUAUAAUUGUGAAGUAAUGUAAGCAUUGUAGAAGAAAGGUGAUAAUGUAACUAUAAAUCAUGCUGUGGACUAUAAAAUUCUCUGCAUUUAGCAUAGAACAUUGAAUUUUAUUACAUAAGUGUUUAAUGGGCCCUUCAGCAUUAAAAAGUUGAUAAAGAUACAGAUGUUAAGCUAAAAAGCUUGAAUUUAUUCUGAGAUGUGUUUGAGGUUUUA